AACAUUGAACAGCACUGAUGCACCUCAACGCCUUCAAGCUUUAUGGUUUAUGAUUCCUUACUGUGCUUUAAUUGCAUGCAACACUUACACAUUGCUAUUGCCACUUAUAGUGAGCAGCAAAGCAUCUUGUUUCGUACCAUUUUUUCUCUCUUCCUUCAUCCGUUCAUCCGAGUAUCCUUCAGCUCACGUCAAGUCAUUUUUAUCUGGUGACUAUAAAACCAAGACACAGAACCAAGCUCCCGCCACUAUUCAUCGCUCAUGAAAAUAUAUGUAAAGGCUUCUAUGAUCUAACGGAUCAUAAGCUUCUUAUUCUGUUUUUGAGAAUAAAUAAUUCAAAGCAAUACUGUCACUGUCGGGUCUCUUUCAUGUGUAUAAAAGUCGCAAAUGCACAUAAGCUACGUCACCAAAAAAAAAUGCAUUUUAAGUGAUGUCACUAAAAUUCAAUUUAGCAGCCCCAUUGUGUG